AUGUACUUCACAGCCCUGAGGAACCGAGCAGGAAGAGAAGAAGAGACGGACGGUUUGAAACUGACUGAGGAUGAAGAUGAAGAUGAGCAGACAGAGCAGUCCUCUGUGCUCGUUCAUGCUCCACCUGUCCCCCCUGUCCUGGUCCUGCAGGUGUCCUCUCUGAGUCCUCAGGUGGAGGUUCGGGCGCUGGUGGAGGGUCAGUUUAUGUCCAGGAGACUCCACGCUGAGAGGCUGGGCUACUCCAUCAUUCCAGGAACCAGAGUGUUGGCAACAGGCGGCGCUUCAUCUAACAAAGAGAUUCUGCAGGUUCUGUCUGACGUCUUCAACGCUCCGGUUUACACCAUCGAUCUGUCCAACUCCGCCUGCCUGGGGUCGGCCUACAGAGCUCUGCACGGCCUGGUUGCAGAAUCUGGAGUUUCCUUCUUGGAUGUGGUGAAGAACGCACCGGAACCACAACUGGUCGCCACCCCGGACCCUUCAGCGCCGGAGGUGUACGACCAGAUGCUGAAGCGUUACGCCCGACUGGAGGAGAGAGUCCUGCAGGAGAGCUGAGCCACAGCCACCAAUCGGCUGUGACCGAGAGCAAACGAACGUGCUGAAACCGAAAGCAGGAACGUUUUGCUCUUUGAAUCCUCUGAGCUUUGUUAGGAAGGACUUUAGUCCUGCUGGUCGAUAAUAAAGAUGAUUCAAAUCAGCAAAUGAAUGUAAAAAAAACACCUUUUCUUACCUUUGGACAGAAACUAUGACGAUAUAUAGAUAUAUAAACGAAGCUAAAGGGAACCAAAGGGGAGUGAAAAGCGACCACAUGUGAGGAGUUGGGAUGGGAACGUGUAGUAUUUAGGAUAAAUUGUUACCAUGACAGUUGAAGUUGGUAUUUUUUAUGUAUAAUUUUCAAUAAAGUAAAUAAUGUGAGGAACA